AACAAUGGACACCCAGAAGGACGUGCAGCCCCCGAAGCAGCCGCCAAUGAUCUAUAUCUGUGGAGAAUGUCACACAGAAAAUGAAAUAAAAUCCAGGGAUCCAAUCAGAUGCAGAGAAUGUGGAUACAGAAUAAUGUACAAGAAAAGGACUAAAAGAUUGGUGGUUUUUGACGCUCGAUGAAAUGUGAAUUCAGAGAAACAUAUUCGCUUGUAGUUGAAUUUGCCAUUAAUGUUUUACAUUGUUGUAUAGCUUUU